CCCCCUUACGCUAGAGCCAGAUCGGCACUCGGCAGUUGCUAGUCGCUACCAAAGCCAACAAAACCGAGGAGAAGUUGCUCCUCCUCCAUGGUUUCGUAGCAUGACCACGCGCCACCACAGAUUCUCAAGAUUCAUCAAAAACUCAAGUUCCCCAUCCAAAUCCAAGCGAACCCACGCAGAAUCCCCGGACGCCUCCUCGACUCCAUCAAGCGCGAUUCCACCACGAGUCGACGCUGUCUCCAGGCUCUUGCGCGCCACCCGUUCGGCGAAAUGCCUCAGCAAGCUCCACGCGCGGCUCGCCGUCACGGGCGCGCUCCGGGAGGACGCCUCCGUCGUCGCGGGCGCCGUCGAGAGGUACCUCUUCUUCGGUAAGCCCGCUUCGGCGGCGGCGGUGUUCGCCGGGUUCUACCGCGGCCGCGCCGAGGUGUAUGACCUGAACAUUGCCGUCCGGUGCUUCUCGGACCAUGGGUUCCACCGGGAGCUUCUUGGCCUCUACCGGGAGGUGUGCGCCUUUGGGUCCGACAACUUCACGUUCCCGCCGGUCAUCAGGGCUUGCGCCGCCGUUUCUUGCCUCCGGCUGGGGAAGGAGGUGCACUGCCGGGUUGUGCGGACAGGGCAUGGUGGAAAUGUCGGAGUGCAGACUGCGCUGCUUGACAUGUAUGCUAAGUCUGGUCAGGUUGAUCUGUCGAGGAGAGUCUUUGAUGGCAUGAAGAGUAGAGACCUGAUCUCCUGGAACGCGAUGAUUUCUGGCUAUUCUCUGAAUGGCUGUUUACUGGAAGCUGCUGAGGCUUUGAAGCAGAUGCAGCAGGAUGGUUUCAGGCCCAAUGCUAGCUCUCUUGUUGGCAUUGUCAGUAUGGUCAGUGGUUUAGGAGUAAGGGAUGCCGGUGAUCCGUUGCACGCAUUCGCACUGAAAUCUGGUGUCCUUGGUGACGAGUCCCUUACACCUGCUUUCAUCUCAAUGUAUGCCGCGUUCGGUCAUCUUUCAUCAUCCUUGUCACUCUUUCAUCAGAGUUUGGUGGAUAAUUUGGUAUCUUGCAAUUCCAUGAUCUCAGUGUGCAUGCAGCAUGGAGCUUGGGAGAAAGCAUUUGGGGUAUUCAGAUUGAUGCGUUGCAAAGGGCUAGUGCCUAAUCUGGUUACAGUGGUAUCUAUCCUUCCAUGUUGCAGUAAUUUCUUUGGUAUAAACCAUGGUGAGUCUGUGCAUGGUAUGGUUAUCAAGUUUGGUCUUGCAGAACAGGUUUCUGUUGUCAGUGCUCUGGUUUCCAUGUAUUCGAAGCUUGGGGACUUGGAUUCAGCUGUGUUUCUUUUCUCUAGUGUUACCGAGAAGAGUCAACUCUUGUGGAACUCCUUAAUUUCUGGGUACCUUGUGAAUAACAAAUGGAACAUGGUUAUGGGUUCAGUACGAAGGAUGCAAAUUGAAGGAGUUGAUCCAGAUGCAUUAACUGUCAUUAGUGUGAUCUCGAAAUGCAGACACACAGAAGAUUUACAUGUCGGGAAGUCUAUACAUGCAUAUGCUGUCAGAAGCAGACUUGAAUUGAAUGAGAGUGUGAUGAAUGCACUCCUUGCUAUGUAUGCCGACUGCGGGCAGCUCUCAAUUUGUUGUAAGUUAUUUCAUACAAUGGAAGUGCGGACAUUAAUAUCUUGGAACACUAUAAUAUCUGGUUUUGCUGAAAAUGGAGAUUCAGUGGCUUGUUUAAGAUUUUUCUGCCAAAUGCGCCUGGCAGACAUGCAGUUUGAUCUAGUAACGCUGAUUGCGCUUAUCAGCAGCCUUUCUGCCAUUGAGGAUAUUACAGUUGGAGAAUCUGUUCAUUCUUUAGCAAUUAGAAGUGGAUGCAACUUGGAUGUUUCUGUUGCAAAUGCCCUCAUUACUAUGUACACCAACUGUGGUAUUAUUCAGGCUGGUGAGAAACUCUUUGAUAGCUUGUCUUCAGUGAACACAAUCUCUUACAAUGCUCUGAUGACAGGAUACCGCAAAAACAACUUAUUUGAGGAGAUCCUACCUUUAUUCUAUCAUAUGAUCAAGAAUGAUCAGAAGCCAAAUAUUAUUACGCUGCUGAAUUUAUUGCCUAUCUGUCAUAGCCAGUUGCAAGGGAAGACUGUUCACAGCUAUGCAAUUCGAAAUUUCUCCAAGCUAGAAACAUCUCUCUUUACAUCAGCCAUUUGUAUGUAUAGUAGGUUCAACAAUUUAGAAUAUUGCCACAACCUUUUUUGUUUGGUAGGUGAAAGAAACAACAUAGUGUGGAAUGCCAUCCUAUCUGCUUGUGUGCAAUGUAAGCAGGCUGGAGUUGCAUUUGAUUACUUCAGGCAAAUACAGUUCCUAAAUGUUAAAACUGAUGCAGUAACCAUGUUGGCACUUAUCUCAGCAUGUUCACAGCUUGGAAAGGCAGAUUUGGCAGAAUGUGUCACAGCAAUUGCACUGCAGAAGGGCUUUGAUGGAACCAUUAUUGUUCUCAAUGCUCUUAUAGAUAUGCAUUCAAGGUGCGGAAGCAUAUCUUUUGCAAGGAAGAUCUUUGAUAUCUCGAUGGAAAAAGAUUCUGUCUCUUGGAGUACAAUGAUUAAUGCCUACAGUAUGCAUGGGGAUGGUGGGUCUGCCCUUGACCUUUUCUUGAUGAUGGUAUCUUCAGGAAUCAAGCCUGAUGACAUAACUUUUGUUAGUGUUUUAUCAGCCUGCAGUCGAAGUGGAUUUCUCGAGCAAGGAAGAACAUUAUUCAGAUCAAUGCUUGCAGAUCAUGGCAUCACACCAAGAAUGGAGCAUUAUGCAUGCAUGGUAGAUCUAUUGGGCCGAACUGGACACUUGGAUGAAGCAUAUGAUAUUGUUACAACGAUGCCAUUCAGACCAUCCAAAAGUUUGCUUGAGUCAUUGCUUGGAGCCUGUAGGUUUCAUGGAAAUUCUAAACUUGGUGAAUCUGUUGGGAAAAUACUCACUGAAUCUGACCAUGGAAAUCCAAGAUCUUAUGUCAUGCUCUCUAACAUCUAUGCUUCAGCGGGCAAAUGGAGUGAUUACGAGCGACUGCGGUCAGAUAUGGAAGCAAAAGGAUUGAUAAAAGAUGUGGGAGUUAGCUUAAUUGGGGGAACAUACUGACCCUGAUGAAAGAAGUUAUUGUUAGUGGUCCGAUACUCAUACAUUAGGCAGUACAAUUUCAGGUCUGGUCGAUGCUUUGCUACAGAGGAUCAACAGAUGAAUUAGGUUGUCAAAGCAAAAAACAAAAUGCAUUCAUGUUUCUGCAGCGAAAUCUUUUGAACUAGCAGGCAAACAUUAAAACUGAAGGAACCAUUUCCAUCUUGGUGCAACCGCUUCAAAUUUAUUCAGAUUCUGAUUAUGUAAAUGGUGAGAUGUCUACAGUUGUUUCAUUGCUGUGAUGAUUGCUGUUUCUGGCAGUACAAAAUUAAACAUUUUUUCGGUCUGAUUUGGAUGAAGAUAAAUGACAGCCUAGGUCAACAGACAGCUAAUGAAAUCCUGUCAAAUUUGAUUAUCAAUUAAAAAAAAUGCAACAAGUCCUGUGGAGAAUUCAGCUGUCAGUCAGGUCUUCCAUUGAGCUGAAACAAAGAUCCCUGCAAUUGUGGAAUUUUGUUUAACUUGGAGGCAAGAUAUAAAUUUGUUGUUAAAUGAUGCUCUACA